AUGGGACAAGGAGUUUCUAAAGAAACAUAUAAUAGUGCUAUACAGUCUAUACAAACCUCCUCAUUCAACUCUAAAAAUACACAAAACCAUGGUGUUCACAUUCCAUCGUCUGCAGAUCCGAGUGCUCCUCCUCUUCCUCCAACAGUUACCACCAACCCCCCUACCAAUAUAGAUUCUUUAUCACCUGAUGAUAUUUGUAAUCUAUUGUUGUCUCAGUUGUUGGACCAAGAGAGUAUGGCUACCUUUAUUAUCACUCUUCGUGAUAAACAACCUGAUAACUUAACUUAUUUUGUUAACAAGAUGGUAGAUCAUUUAUAUUUUGUUUGUAAUACCAACAGAGGAAAGAAUUCAGACUCUGAUUGGAACAAAACAACUACUUGUUUAUCAUAUCUCUCAAGAACUAUUCCAUUUAUCAUGGAUCGUCACAGCGAGGACCCAGAUAGUUUCUAUCAACAAUUAUGCUGGGAAACUCCUGUUUCAUCGGAUAGUAACACCACUCCGUUGGCAAUUAAAUUAAUGACCUGUGUAUUGGACUUGUUAUUUAUGCCUGGAUACACACUUGAUAGUACUUUACCUCAACCAUCCAAACAACAACAACAACAACAACAACAACAACAACAACAACAACAACAACAACAACAACAACAACAACAACAACAACCACCACCAAUCUCUGAAACAACAAAUAGUAGUGAUAAUAUCACUACUCAGUCAACAACAACAACAACAGAACCUUUUGAACAUUUAUCAAAUAAUUACUCUUGGUUAUCAGGAUUUGGUGUUGAAUUGUCACCAACACAAAACUUGACCACAAAAGUACAUUGGUUAAAUAGAGCUACUGUUUUACAAUGCCUCUUGACGUGCUUGUGUGAACAAUUAUACUGCCCACAGGAUAAAUCUUACAAAUUCCAAAGUAAAUGGUUGGAUUGGAUAACAUCAACUCAAAACUACUAUACCGAUGUACUUUUCAACACCCUCAUCAAUGCCUUUUGUACAUAUGAUCCUAUUGGAUGGGGUGUUCCAUACAACCAUCUAAUGUUUGCAGAUGACCGUGAAAAUGUUGCCAAACUAUCGAUUCAAAUCAUCAAUAUCUUGCUGGGAUAUGAUAUCUCUGAAAAUCCCCAACAACAGCAAACCCCACCAACUCCUGCUCAUCAUUAUAAUCCAUUUGAAUUUACUGUAAACAAAUUUAUUUUAUUAUUACACAACAACAAGAGAAAUAGGGACUUUACCUUUUUCUUUACUUCAUUUGAAAGGAUUUUAGGUCUACCUCUUAUGUCGUCUCAUACAAAAUUGCCAUACUCGACAAAGAAAAUUGAACUACAUCAAGAUCUAUUAAUUACUUUUUGGAGAUUCAUUACCAUUAAUCAUGAAUUUUUAUUAUUUGUUUCAAACCAUCAAUCAUCACCAGAGUUUCUAGUACCAUUACUCCAAUACAUGGACGAUGGUAGAAAGAAUCAAUCUUCUCAUGGUUUGGUUCAGCUAGGAACAUUCAUCUUGUUGGUUUUGAGCAGUGAAAGAGACUUUGCCAUUUCGCUAAACAAAAACUUUACCUCUAGUAUUGUUAUCGAUAUUCCAAAACCACAAGGAUACUCUGAUUUUAUCAUAAUGGUCAUGUACAGAUUAUUGGUAGACAAUAAUGAUAGAUUAGAAAGUAUAUUUGAAUGUAUUCUUACCGUUUUAUCGAAUCUAUCACCAUACAUGAAGAAUCUAUCCAUGGUCACAUGUGUAAAACUCAUGAAACUGUUUGAGUUUUUAUCGUCACCACGUUUCCUCUUUGCCAACAGCCACAACCAUAGAUAUGUUCAGUUGCUUCUCGAGUCAUUCAAUAACCUCCUUCAACAUCAAUACGAAAGCAACACUAGACUACUCUAUUCCAUUCUUCGUUGUCAAAACCAAUUCUCUAAAUUGGCUUACCUCAAGAUUUCUUCUGCCGUCCCUGCCCAAGGUGAUGCCAACUCGCCGAGAAAGCUAAUCGCUACAACUUCAACAUCUGAUCAUAAUGAACCAACUAGUAGUAGUAGUAGUAAUAGUAAUGACAUUCAAGAACCACCUGCGGGUGGAAUGGAAAAGCUUUCAAUCAAUUCGUCCACCACCACCACCACCACAGGUGAACAACAAAAUGAACAAAACAAGGAGUUACAGAAAACACCAACAGUAGAACAUACUUCUCCAACCACCACCAGCACUACUACUACAAACCAAGAACCAAAACAACAAGACCAACAACAAGAAACAAAGCAACAAGAUCAACAACAACAACAACAAGUGACACCAAGACAAGCAUUUAUUCCUACCGAUGAGUGGUUACAAACAAUUAAAAAACAAUUGCCACUUGAUAAUAUUUUGAAGAUUAUUACCAACCUAUCGCCUCAAAUCCAAAGACUCUGUACUGGAUCUGGAUCAGAUGAAAACAAAAUUAUGGAGUACCUGCGAAUGUCCACGGUAGUUGGUAUUUUCUCAAGUGUUGGACCUAUUAUGACAAGGAGAUAUCACGCAAACCCAAUAACCAAAUCAUGGCUUUUAGCAUACUGCUUUUGCGUCAUCUAUCUUGAGCAACAUACCCCCCCACUUUUCCAAGAUACCAAUAUUAGACUUUUCCACGUCAAACAACCAUAA